UUCCGGAGCGCGCGCACCAGCGAGCCAGCAACAAAGUCGCGAAGGCGUAUAAGUCGUCCCCACCGCGGCCGCCAACGUCAGUCAGUCUGAAACCACGGACUAAUACGCGGUCGGUAUUUUGUGCGCUUGUUCUCUCGUUGAACGUGAAAAGCUUGGUUGAAUCCCCGUCAAUCGGGGGGGGACCACACGAGUUUCGAUAGAUCCGGGCCAAGAAUGUAUCACAUACAUUAUUUCGCGAUCGUUCGAUCCAUCGUCGACAUUUAAAAGGCCGGCCUGCUGCUUUGAAAUUGGCAUCGCGUAUCGUUCCGCGAUUCGCGCUAUGCUAGACGAUCGCCACGAAUCGUAUACGGCCUCGUUCGUGUGAAAAAAGAAGAAAAAAAAAGAAAACAAAAAUCCCUGCGACAUUUUAAUCGACGCCGAAUCACUUUCUGUUAAACGUCACCACUGAGAGCGGAUUGAUUCGCCGAAUUCAGUGUGUAUACCAACCACACACGGGGUGUCGGUCGAUGAGGUUAGGGUGGCGUACUAUUCGCGACAAUUCGGCAACGCGAUGCGGCUUUGACAGUUGGCUUCAUCGUUGUUGGUGUUGCUGUUGUUGCAUUCAUUCGUCAAGCGUUGUUCGACAAAACGUUGUGUGCAGUGCUUAAGGGCAACACGACCGGCGGCCCCGCGGCUUUGACAGCGCACCGUUAAACGAGUGAGGUUAAGCCCGCGAGAGGUGGUGUCGUCGUCGGUUGUUUGUGCGUGUGCGUCGUCGUGCUGUGCACCGAGAGAAAGAGAGAGGACCAACACGCACGGCUUGAAUACAAUGACGGCGAUGUUAGUGUCCGUGGCGGAGCUGUCGAACAUUUUCUUCGUGCUCGCGGUGUCGAUAUGCUUCUGUGGCGUCUUUUUAUUCAUCAUCAGGAACAUGAUCGUACUUCGUAUUCACGGCGACGAAUUGAUGUUCGGCGGCAGUGGAAGCGUAAUGACACAUUCGCCACGCAUACCCCAGAUGGAGAUGAUGAAGGUCCACAUUCCCUUCACCUUCAAGCUUCACGAAAGUUUCAAGAGCACUUAUGCCGAGGUUGAAUGCGAGGUGUCGAGUCAAGUGGAGUAUUCUCUGCAAGCGAUCUGGGGUGUCAGCAUACGGGAGCUUCAUCUGGCGCUUUGGAAGCCCUGGAGCACCCUCAGGGACGCGUCCUUGAACGGCACGCUUCUUCAGGGCCACGCGCAGUACCUGACGCCUCCACAAACUAGACAGCCGCACGGCGAGGAGACGCUGAGAUUGUCGCUUCCGGCGCCCGAGUUGGAACUCGGCACGCCACCACGUCUCUGCUACCCUCUGGUGAUCUUCCUGACCCGUCGGGACAACGGGGACCCACAUCCCGACGAGACCGUAGCGCUGGUGAACGUGGUCCACAUAAAAGAUAGCGUAUGCACCCUACCGACCUCGAUUCUGGCGCAGUAUCUGAAGCAAGCGAACGGCCAGUUGUCCUGCCUCAAACAACUGUACCUGGCCACGGGCAAUUCAACGAACUAUGACGAAGGGGACGUGUCCUCGGGUUUGGGCUCGGCUCUGGCACUCGCAGAGCCGUGCAACAGCAACGGUAGUUCGGCGAGGGGGGCGCUGGUCGCCUCCGGUACCGGUGAUCCGGAGGGAUCGCUCUGGAACACAGCCGGGGAACAGCUCUGCGUAGUCUGCCAAUACUUCCCCUUAUCACGCGCCCUAUUACCCUGCAGGCACACCUGUAUCUGCGCCUCGUGUUUUGGGAAGCUCGACCGUUGUCCGAUGUGCAGAAGCCCGAUCAAGAGUUAUUUCUGCAUCAGGGGCGAGGAGUAUAUGCCCCUCGAGACGGACAUCAAUCCGUGCAAACAGAGGCAAUCGAGUCAUGGACCGACCCACUGGCUGCACGACUGGAACGACAGGCUGACCGAUUUCCUUGGGUUCGCCCGAUAGGAUCCGUAUAAAUUCGAGAGCCAUUUCGAAUCGUAUUCGAGAAGCCUGAUGUUGCGUUCUCUUUUUGAGUUGCCCACGACGCGAUGAUGGAUCGUACGUGUUUCCAGUCGAAGGAUCGAACGAUGGUAGCCAAGGGAUCUCUCGUGUCUUCGAGUCGAGGUAGCUUUUGUCGAGAAUUCAGAGUACGGUAAAUAGAGGGAGUGCGAGAGGCGGGACGUUAAUUUGUACGACGAAGAAACCGAUCUGAGAACGACCAGGGAACUGUGGUGUGUGUAUUGUGUUAGAAUGAUUGGGGGCUGUGUACUUUCCGUUGAGGAUUUAAGUACCAGUUUGGAAUGAAUAACAAAAAUUGUAGGUUUUCGGGGAUAUUCCUGAGUAUUUUCUUCGAGAUUCUUCGGUUUAGGAGACAGUAUGACGGACGUUGGUACCGUUUCCUUUUUUGAUUUCGUACGAUUGUUUUUGUACUGUGCUUUAAAUCUCGACUUCGAAGACCGGACAGGAUGUGCGCGAUGGUCAGAGUUGGUUGAAGGUAGAACGUAAGAAAUAUUAAUGUCCUCAUAUGGGUAUGUGGAAAGGAAAAAAAAACUGGUUGGAUGAUGGAGAGAAAUUUCUAAAUCAGAUACGGAGUAAACGUUUCACAUUUUUACCACGUAACGUUGUAUAAAUACUUAAGGUGUACAUAUACAAGAUACAAAUACGAUGUGUCCCCGAUUCUAUGAUAGUAACGAUUAAGUUAUUGAUAUUAUUUCGUACGAUAUGCAAGUUUAUUCGAUAGAUCUAGAGAUAUAUUAGUUCCGAUAUGUGCAUGCCUUUGAAGUAUUUCCCCCCUCCUUUUUCUAUCUGUACGGAUUAAUGAUUACGAAGGGAAAUGUCCAUUUUGUUUUCUUUGUAAUUGCUCUGCCGUCCAUGAGCAGCGAUGGAGCGCCACUUUUGCGUAGAAGUUCUUACGGAAAGCGUCAUCACACACGGGAAUAAUAAGGAAGAAAGAGAGAAAGCGAACGUUCGGUGGAAUUAGUUUAAGAAGGAUGUUGCGUUAACGUUAUAAACUGUAAAUACACAGACUGUGAUAAUUGUAAUAACAUCUUAUUAUGUAACCAGACAAACGAGAGUGUCCUGAAUUCGGGGCAUCGGAACGGAAGGAUUUGGAGCGGCGCGAAAAAGGAAAUCAUUCUCGGAUUUCACUGUUCAACGCAUACACGUUAUCAGCCAUUUCUUUUUUUUUUUUGUAUCUUCUAGACACAUACGUUCAAAGAAAAGAAAAAAAACAAUAAUACUCUCUUGCCUAGGGGUUUGUAAUAACAAGAACAAAAUUUUAAGCAUUUUCCGAUAAUAAACUUUUGUAAAUAG